AAGAGAGGCAAUUCGAAAAUGAGUGUUAUCGGUAUCCCUGUAAACUCAGUGACAUCUUCAGCUGUGGAAUUUCAGCAGUCAAAAUCAAAUGGAAAUGUCAAUAAGAUCAUGAACUGGAUGAGAAAAUUCAGCAGAAAAGCAGAAAACUACAUGCAAGGAAUUAUAGAACAUGUGAAUUUGGGAGCAAAGUUUUCAGAAACAGUUAAAGGGAAGCUUAGUUUGGGAGCAAAAGUAAUUCAAGCUGGUGGUGUCAAGAGAGUUUUCAGACAAGUAUUUCAUGUUCAGAAGGAUGAGAAGCUGCUGAAAGCCUCACAGUGUUAUUUAUCAACUACAGCAGGUCCUAUUGCCGGUCUACUCUUCAUUUCGACUCAGAAAAUUGCAUUCCUUAGUGAUAGACCUCUAACUUUCAGUUCUUCGGGAGGCAUGGUCAGAUUCCCGUACAAGGUGAUGAUUGAAAUAACGAAGAUUAGGAGAGUGAAUCCAUGUGAAAGCACAAGCAAUCCAAACCGGAAAUAUAUCCAAAUAGUCACUGAAGAUGAGUAUGAGUUCUGGUUCAUGGGCUUCAUAUGUUAUCAGAAAAUUUUCAAGUACUUGGAAAAAGCAAUUGCCGAAGCAUAACCGCGCAUCUAACAGACACAAUUGUCAAUUGGUUUGUAUGUAUACAUAUAUUGAGUUCCUAAUGCAAUUAGUUAAUAAUCAACUACAUUGUAGACUUCUAGUCUGCCAAGUUUGUACAGUAAAAAUUCAGCACAGCAAUGAAAGGAAUGAUAUUGACAGAAAGAUAAUUGUUAGAUGUUUGGUGAAGUGUACUUCAAAAUAAUUUAUAUUAAUGAAAUAUAGAUUUUAAGUGCAUUAAUUUUUACCCAUUCAUAAAAAAUAAAAGAAAGGCCACUCUUAGUUGCCUGGGCACAUCAAUCUUUGGACAUUCAACAGAAGAGUUGAGAUGCAGGAUUAUGUAAAUUUUUAGUAGACUAAAGCAUGGAUCAUGAAUUCCUAGAGUUUUAGAAAAUUUUUAAACAUCAAUAUAAAUUUUUAGUGUCACCAGCUUCUUCUAGGCAUACCAGAUAUAAAGUUUAAAUAUUUAUCAUAUUAUUUAUUGGCAUUCUGCACGUACCAAAUGCUCAAUACAGUAUUUAUGUAGGUUUGAAAUUGUUCAUCAUCGUUGUUCAGCCGAUAAAUGUAUUAAAACACAAGUAUUAUUUUAAUUUAUUUUUUUUUUACCUGACACAUGGCUACUGAGAAGUAAUUUUAUACCACCUAAGUUGCCACAAAACAUCACUAUUAUACUAUUUUUGUGGAAAAAUUGUGUUAGAGCAAUGACAGCUAACUUACCACAUCAUCAACCAUGAGUUAUUUUUCACAAAAAAGGAAUAUUCUUGUGG